AUGAUAACAAGAGAAACAGAGAAUCUCGAAGAAGACGAGACAAUGAACAUCAAAGUCAACCAAAUAUCCGAGAAGUCUGAUAGAAUCUCUCCGAUCGUCGCUUAUUUCUCUUCAGGGUACGAUCCUUGUUCGGAAAAUCAAAAAUCCGACGACAGGGUUACGGUUUACAAGCUUAAGGAUACGUCUAAGAAAAGGCUUCAGGUUGUUGUAAGCCCGCAAGGCUCAACCGUAGAGUUUGUUGGCUCAAAUUGCACCGGCGAGCAAGCAACUCGACAGAUUUGUAUGUAUACACUAGGUGUUCUUGAUAAAGAGACUCAGACAUUAAAGAUUCUACCAAUUGCUCACAAUAAGGACGAGAAGAAACGCGCUUUAUACCUAGGAGAUGAUCAUGAGGCUCUUAAGGUCCUUGAUGAGAAACUUAACGAGGAAUAUGUUAAGAAAAAAGCUCUUGAUGAAAACAAAAUUUCAACUAUUGCUCGCAACAUUCCUCCUUAUGAUGCAUCUGCGACGAAACCAAGUAAAGCUUAUCCUAUAGAACAGAUCAUCGCAAAGGGAGAAUGGGAGUUUCUUCAAGAUAUUUACUUGCUUCUUCAGCAAGAAACUGGAGUAGCAGCAACCAAUGCUUACCCUUUAUUUGUGCAACACAGAUUGUACAGGUUGCGAGAUAUGAAGGACGAGGCUAAGAAGCUGAGGGUUUGUUGUGCCUUAUCACUCUUAACCCAUUUUGUUAAGUACAAGGACAUGAAUUCAAUGGUUGGUUUCGAUUCGGCUAAGGACCAUUGGUUUCCGGAUAUCAUCCGUCAGAAAUGUAAGAGUUUGUUCAAGGAUCAUGAAUCUGACAAGAUAUAUAUAGACAAGAUCAACCUUCUGAUAAGGUACGUUCUUGUGCUCUCCCUCCACGUGGAUAAUUUCAAGACCGACCCAGAAGACAUAGCUAAAGAUCUGAGGGUGAGCAAACUUGAUGUGAGGAAGCAAUUUGUGAACCUUGGCUGCAAAUUCGAACGUGACAAGACAGUUUUGUUAGCCACCUUACCGGUCCCUCUCGAGUUCCCGCAGGUUAUGCGGAAGAGGAGACGAUAG